AUGUUCAGGCAAUCCGCCGAUUCCGACGACAUCUCUUACUUCAACCUCAGCUCUCACCAUCGGCUAGUGACCACUGGUUCGAAAGACGCUCAAGUGUGGUUCGAACGCGGAUUGAUAUGGUCCUUCUCUUUCAACCAUGAAGCAGUGCGAUGCUUUGAGAGAGCGGCGGAAUACGACCCCUGUUGCGCCAUGGCUUUCUGGGGCUUUGCGUAUGCCGCGGGACCAAAUUACAAUAAGGCGUGGAAAUUCUUUGACCCUAAGAACCUUCGGAUUGCGAUCGAACGAGCAAAGGAUGCAAUGGUCCAUGCUGCUAAGUUGGCGGUCCAGGCCAGCGGUUGA